AUGGUCCUUAUUCACCCUCCGCGUGAGGCUUCCGAUCCAUACUACGACGCCCGAGCGCCAGAUUAUGCGCUUGCCUACCUGGACAUUCUCAAGAAAUCGCGAUGUGCUUCUUUUUCCAUCUCUUCCACAGCAUCGGCCAACGCUGCCGUUCUGCUGCUCGUCUCACCCGACCCGGACGCGCUGUGUGCAGCGCGCGUGCUCGUCAGGCUCCUCACAGAUGACGACAUACCUCACAGGCUGGUACCGGUCGACGGAUAUGCGACAUUGCAGCGGAUCAUCGAGACAGACGUAGUGGGGAAUGACGAGCUACAUACACUCGUCUUCCUCAACCUAGGUUCCGUCCUCUCGCUCCCCACUUAUUUUACCGUUCCCAAGUGCCGACCCGAAUUUCAAGUUGGCCGCUCGUCCUCGCCUUCGGCCUCCGGUGCUGGCGCGCCCUUGCUCGGCUCCAACGACGAAGACGAGGAUGACGAGGUGACAGGUUUUCCGCUGCCGCCCAAGUGCAGCCUUCACAUACUAGACUCGCAUAGGCCGUGGAACCUGGACAACCUCUUUGCCACAUCGGACAUGAUGGAGCGCAUCUUUGUCUGGGACGACGGCGAGGUCAUUGAGAAGCUCGCGGCCGAGGCAGAGGCAUACGAGAAGCUCGAGUUCGACUGGGGGAUAGAUAGCGAUAGCGACAGCGAGGACUCGGGCGGGAGCGAAGAUGACAAGGACGAGAGCGAAGAUGUACAGAGCGAAGACGAUGAAGACGAAGACGAAGAGGAGGGGGAAGGCGGCCAGCGGAGACGCAAGCGACGGAGACUCGGUUCAAGAGACGAUGACGAGGACUCUGCAAUAUCCUCACCACGGCGGCGGAGACGCAAGAGCAAAAAGCCGAAGGACCUCGACAGACCGCGAAAGUUGUCUAGUCACGAGCGUGCAAGGCUGCAGGGCGUUCUGCAGCGCUACUAUCACAAGGGUACAAAUAUGGGCCUCGCCGUAUCGGGUAUGGCAUACUUGCUCGCC